AUGUCGGUCGCACUCAAUCGAUUGUCGUCGGUGGAUCUGCGGCAACCUGUCCCUGGUCGUAGCGGCGGACCUACGAUCAUGGAAAUCAUUGCAACGGAGGAAAAGCCCAAGUCUCUCCCUGCGUUUUCGGGCCCUCCACCCACCAUGCAUCCUAUCCCUCCCCCCGACCGAUCUCACCCGCCUCCCCCGACGGGCCCGUCCAUGUACGAACAGCCAUGGCGCCAUCAUCCACCCCCCUUCGAUGGCCACCCCGCGGAACAGCGCCGUACCCCCGGUGCGCCCCAGCCGCCCUUGCCCUCCCAUGGGUAUCCUGUCAUGGGGAACCGAGAACUCCCCCAGCUGCCGCCCGACGGCCCCUACGUACGACAGGGAAGCUUACCUGGUCCCGCGCACACAGCUCCCGAGGCGCAUCCGUCUCAUCCCGCGUACCCCCCCAUGAACGGGACCCAUGAGCCAUCGCCUCAUUCUGCGCCUCCAGAGUAUCGCGGCCGCAUGCCAUUCUCAUCCCAAGAGGCGCACAGCAAUGGCGACGCUCCGCCCGCUCAGUAUUCGACCCCGGUCCCGCCGCACCUCUCCCAUACGCCCGCGCCUUACGACUCAGCCUACUACAAUAAUCCCGCCUUUGGAAUUCGCCAGCAACGCAAAGCAGCGCGCGCGCAACAGAAAGCCACGCAACUACUCCUAGAUCGAAUCCAGCAACUGGAAGAUCGCCUGGAAGAGAAACUAUCCCAGUUACAACACGUUCAGGUCGAUAACGGCCUGCAGAUAAGCCAGCUGGCCAACAGUGCUUAUAUGCGCGAGCAGAACCUCCUCGUGCCCAAAGAACCGCCGAAGCAGACCCUCCAACACAUCCUCAAGGAAGAUCCCAACGAGGCCUUUCAAGACACCAAACUGCCCAAGGACGAAAACGGAGCUGUUAUGUUAGAGCAGAGCGCCAACGAAAUCCUCAAUAACAGCCAAGCCUUAAUCACCGGAGAGGACGGCGAGUUGUCCAUUCCCGUGGAGCAUACCACAGCCGCGCACAAGUUGCUUUUAUGGCCCUCGAUUAAGAAGGUCCUCGAGCCGAAAGAGUACGAUGAAGAUUAUGUGAUGAGACUGGAAGAAAAGCGUGGCCUGAUUCGCGUCUACGGACGUGGUGAAGGUGACGAAACGAGUGAAGACCCAGUGGUUUCCACCCCAUCAACCAACCCGAGCGCCGCCGUGGAGGAAGUUUAUAUGCAUCACCCCUCCCCCAGCGGGCCAUGGGGCGGUAUUAACCAGCCGCAGUCGAAGCUUGCGGACAUUGGACUGGACGAUACCGGUCGGGUGACCACCACCCCGAGUACAAUACGCCGCUACCACAAGAGUUAUAUGGAGAACUUGCAUAAGCUCCAUCCUUUCCUCGAUCAGAACGAUUUAGAGCGGAAGAUCGAACUGUUCAUUGCAACAUACUGUCCCGGCGCGGGGGGCGAGAUGCCGCGGGGCGCCAAACGGAAACGUUCGUGCGACGCUCUCCAAGGUGCCGGUUGCGAUAUGGGAUCCCCAGCCACUGUCAAGGCCGAGGCGAGUUCCAAUAUUAUUGAAAAGUCGAUCGAUAACGCCAUCGUCUUGCUCGUCCUUGCGUUGGGCUGUAUCUGCGAAGUCCGGGACCGACCGGUCCCUGGCCCCAUUAUGGAUCAUGUGGUAGACUUCCGAAAGGAACAGAUUCCGGGCCCAUCGACGCGCAGUAUGCUCUCUCCUGCGGGGUCGGACUCGAUGAUGGCCUCGCAAUCCAAUAGCUUCCACUCGAAGCCUCCCUCUUUCAAUUCCCCCUGGAUGGGAGAUGGGCGAAAGAGCACCGCAGGACGUCCCUACCCCGACGAUCGGAACCUGCGAAACCUCGAUGUUAUUCCCGGAUUGGCCUUUUACGCAUACGCUACCAGUAUCCUAGGGAAUCUCCAGGGCGCGAAUGGUCUACACCAUGUCCAGGCCGCAUUACUCGCGGGUCUUUAUGCUGGCCAACUAGCUCAUCCUUUCCAGAGCCAUGGGUGGAUUGCCCAGGCCGCGCGGGCCUGUCAAGUCUUAGUUCGAACGAAACGCUAUGAGAAAAUGCGCGAUGGUCCUGUGAAGGACCUGUAUGAUUUUGCGUACUGGACCUGUCUCCAGUUAGAAAGUGACAUUCUGGCCGAACUGGAUCUCCCGGCUAGCGGGAUCUCGCGGUCUGAAGCGCGCAUCGCGCUUCCAAAGGGGCGAUUCACUCUCAGUCUUCCAAACGAAAUCUCCGCACCUAGUACUAUGAUGAUGUUCUUCUACUCCGCACAGAUUCACCUCCGGAAGGUUCUCAACCGUGUUCAUACGGAUCUGUACAAGGUUGAAAAACAAGGCCAGACCCGCUGGUCGUCCAAUGUGCAGGAGAUCCUGAGCAUGAACCUGGAGCUAUGGCGGAGUAGCCUUCCUGAAAUCAUGAAGUGGAAAGAUAGCGAUCCCCCAUCGAAAGAUAUCAAUGUCGCCCGUAUGCGGGCCAAGUACUAUGGUGCCCGCUAUAUCAUCCACCGGCCCCUCCUGUAUCACGCACUCCACUACGCGACACAACCAGGUGCCAACGCCAACCCCAAUGCCCGGGCAUCUUCGAUCGACACACCGACUGCCUCGGCUGUUGGCACCGUGGCGUCUGGCUCGAAAUCGCAGCAGGUCUCCCCGUCAAUGACCCACAGCCAGAGUGCCACCGGCAUGGCGCGCUUGUCCAGCGACGCUGGCGCCGCGCGGAACCCGCCGCCCCCGAAUCCGACCCCAGGUCAGGGCCCGUCUACCUACCGUGAGCUACCAACGAAACUGCGUCGCGCAUGCAAAGUAUGCAUUGAGUCGGCGAUUAUGAGCACGGAGGCUUUUGAUGGCAUUGAGGGCCGGCCGAUCGUGACCAACAUCUUUGGAACGGCUCAUGCACAAUUUGGUAACAUGCUCGUCUUAUCGGCCACGUACAAGUCCAACUUGUCCGAGCUGGUCGACCGAAAUGACCUUGAGCGGCUUCUCAAGCGGACGAUCAAUUUCUUGUUGCAAAGUCGCUACAUCUCCCCCAGUCUGCGAGCAGACGCGCGAAUUCUGACUGAGAUCUACGAGCGGAUCUUUGGCGAGCCUGCAGGCAGCUUCACAUCCCAUUAUGACUAA